GGCCUGGGCAGUGUGGCGUCUGUCCGGGCAGCGGCGGCGGUAGCAGCGGCGAGUGGCAGUAUGAUCUGAGAUCGUGAACAUGGACUUUUCUCGGCUCCACAUGUACACCCCUCCUCAAUGUGUGCCAGAGAACACUGGCUACACGUAUGCACUCAGUUCAAGUUAUUCUUCUGAAGCUCUGGAUUUUGAGACCGAGCACAGACUGGAUCCUGUCUUUGACUCUCCAAGAAUGUCCCGUCGUAGUCUGCGCCUGGUCACCCCAGUGUUCACCGCGGGGGAUGGCCCAGACACCAAGGGCCGCACCUGCGCCAGGAACACUGCCUCUGUGAAGGACAGGGAAUCCAGAACAGUAAAACAGCGCAGAAGUACAAGCAAACCGGCUUUUAGUAUAAAUCACAUGUCAAGAAAAGUGACAUCUUCAGCAGUCAGCCAGAGUAGCUGUCACAGCCUGCGGGGCAACAUGGCCCUCCAGCCCCCUGUGCUGGAUGCGUCUCUGAUCCGGGAGCAGACCAAGGUGGACCACUUCUGGGGUCUCGACGAUGACAGUGACCUUAAAGGUGGAAAUAAAGCUGCUGUUCAGGGAAAUGGUGACCUUGCUGCAGCGGCAGACACCGCCGCUGUCAACGGCUACACCUGCAGUGACUGCAGCCUGCUCUCGGAGCGCAAGGAUGUCCUCACUGCGCACCCCCCAGCCCUUGGGCCCACCUCGAGAGUCUAUUCUCGGGACAGGAGUCAAAAGAGCGGUGCAUCGUUCUGCGUGAAUAGGAUCUUGUGGCUGGCCAAAUGCACCUCGUCAUCUUUCUCGUCGUUCUUAGUUCAGCUUUUCCAAGUGGUUUUAAUGAAGCUCAGUUACGAAUCAGAGAAUUACAAAUCGAAAAGUUAUGAAUCAAAAGAUUGUGAAUCAAAAAGCUUUAAGUCAAAAAGCCAUGAAUCGAAAGCUCACUCCGGGUAUGGUGGGAGGACGGAGGUGAACGAGCUGCUCAGAGAGGACGCGCGCCUCGGCGUGAAUGGGGAGCCACUGUGUGAAGACUGUAAGGGGAAGAAGGAACGUCUUGAAACAAAUGCCUCCCCCCACCUGCAGCUUUCACAGUCACACAGGGUCACAAGGGCCGCGUGGCACAUCGUUUCUUAUGCAGGUCACAUGCUGGUGCAGGUGCUGCGCAGGACCGCUGCUGUAGGGUGGUUCGUGUCCUCAGCGGUGUGGUCGGUGCUCUGGCUGGCCAUUACUGCUCCAGGGAAGGCAGCUUCCAGAGUCUUCUGGUGGCUGGGCUUUGGAUGGUACCAGUUCGUUACUUUGAUGUCUUGGCUGAACGUGUUCCUUCUUACAAGGUGCCUUCAAAAUAUUUGCAAAUUUUUAGUCUUGCUCAUCCCACUGUUACUUUUACUAGGUGCAGGUCUUGCAUUCUGGGGACAGGGCGAUUUCCUCUCAUUCCUGCCUGUGUUAAACUGGACAAACGGGUACAAAGCACAGAGGGCAGAUGACCCCAAGAAUAUAUUCACACCUGAUGCUGCUCACCUGCGCUUGCCACUUGAGGGUGAUGGCAAGGAGGCUUUCCAGUGGCACUGGCUGAGUGACAUCGAGCGGCAGGUGACUGCAUUGUCUGGGAGGUGUCAGCUGCACGAGGAGAAGCUCAGAGAGCUGACGCUGCUGCUCCAGAGACUGCAGGCGCACACGGACAAGGCAGACAGUGACCAAGAUGGGGUGCUAUCACUGCUCCGGAACCUGCAGGCGCGUGCAGACCAGGCGGAUGGCGACAGGGAGGGGAUGCUGAUGCUGGUCCAUCAGCUGGUGGAGCAGCGAGUGAAGGAGACCCACUCAGAGGGUGUCCAGGGCACUGAGACUGACUUUAUGACCUUUCACCAAGAACACGAAUUGCGUAUCUCAAACUUGGAAGACAUGACUGGAAAACUGACAGAAAAAUCCGAGGUCAUCCAGAAAGAGUUAGAGCAGACCAAGCUGAGAACAACUAGCAGGACUGCAGAGGAGCAGCACCUCCUCUCCACUGUCAGGCAGCUGGAGCUGCAGCUGGAGCACCUAAAGUCAGAAUUGGCAAACUGGCGGAAUUUGAAGACUAGCUGUGAGAAAGUAGAUACAAUACAUGAAAAGGUGGACACCCAAGUCAGAGAGACGAUCAGACUCAUGUUUUCCGAUGACCAGCAAGAUGGUUCUCUUGAAUGGCUGCUACAGAAGUUUUCCUCUCAGUUUGUAAGCAAGGACGACUUGCAGAUCUUAUUGCAAGAUUUGGAGCUGCAGAUCCUGAAGAACAUCACCCACCACAUUUCCGUGACAAAACAGGCCCCCACCUCCGAAGCAGUGGUGUCCGCCGUCCACGAGGCAGGGGUUUCUGGGAUCACAGAGGCGCAAGCACGCAUUAUUGUGAACAAUGCUUUGAAGCUGUAUUCCCAAGAUAAAACCGGCAUGGUAGACUUUGCUCUGGAGUCUGGUGGUGGCAGCAUCUUGAGUACACGUUGCUCUGAAACUUAUGAAACCAAAACGGCACUGAUCAGUCUGUUUGGGAUCCCACUGUGGUACUUCUCCCAGUCUCCUCGUGUUGUGAUUCAGCCUGACAUCUAUCCUGGUAACUGCUGGGCAUUUAAAGGCUCCCAGGGGUACUUGGUGGUGAGGCUGUCAAUGACCAUCUUCCCGACCACCUUCACUCUGGAGCACAUACCAAAGACGCUCUCGCCAACAGGCAACAUCACCAGCGCGCCCAAGGACUUCGCAGUAUAUGGAUUGGAAAGUGAGUAUCAAGAAGAAGGGCUGCUUCUGGGACAGUUUACAUAUGAUCAAGAUGGGGAAUCACUCCAGAUGUUCCAUGCACUGAAAAGACCUGAAAAAGCUUUCCAAAUCGUGGAACUUCGGAUCUUCUCUAACUGGGGCCAUCUGGAAUACACAUGUCUCUAUCGGUUCAGGGUUCACGGAGAUCCUAUCAAGUAGAGGCCCUGCUCACAUCCCUGUACGUUUGUAGAUACAGGACUGCCUGGAACACUGGAGCCCUCGAGGCUGAGGGCAUGUUUGGUCACAGGACACAGCCACCCCAAAUAAACAUUCCCAGACCGCCCAAAAGGCCGGUUGUGGUCUGGUGCCCAGCUCGCUGUCGCGUCCACUUUGUGUCUUCGAUGCCGGUGCCAGGACACCUGCGUGCUAGAUGCUUUGUCCACAGAGCCCCUGGCGACAGCUGCCUCUGUGGACAUUCCUCUGGAUGUAUGGUACACUUAGUUUGUUCUGGGGAUUUUUUUUGAACAUAAAGCUCUUUAUAUUUGUAUUUUCUUGACAUCAGGAACAAAGCAAAUGAGGUUACAAGGUUUGAAGUGUUCUCAAAGUUUUGUUAUUUAGCCUUUCACUAGACCUUCUAAAGGACUUUUGGGGGCCAGGUAUGCUCCAUCUGUUAAAUCCAACACACAUUUCUUUCAGGGAAAAACAGUGUCACCAAAUUUCAGAGCUCUAAGCACCUUUCCUUCGGGUGGGGCUUUUCCUUUCUUCAGCACCAGUUCUUUUACACUACCAGGUGGGGGGACAAUUAAAACUUGUUUUUCUGCUUAGUUUGUGCUUACUUCUGAGGAUUUUCAGAGUGGGGAUUCAGUGCACUAGUAUCUGUCCAGAACAGGAGGAGCUCCAUUCUCAUUGUAGGUUUUGGUGAGUCUGGUGUGAAGGGGCUGGUCUAGAUGGAAACAAACAUAAUGGAAGUCUCGAGUCCCGUUGGGAUUACCCUGGAGCUUUACUUCCAAGUACAGAUUGGAACCAAGAAUCUCAUCGUUCGGAUUUUUUCCAGGUUUGUUUUGAAUUUUGCUACAAAGGGAACACUAAUGUGCUCUAAAAUUUAUAAGGCUGAGUUUUUAGUCCACUGAUGGUUUUCAAAAGAGUGUUGUCCACUGUGGCAAGCGCAUGAAACCAUUCAUUUUACGAUUGUCCUUUUUCUUACAGCAGCAUUUUCUACUCGCUCUAAUCGGGAUCUGCCUCUCACUAUGGCUGCUGGCCACUCUCACCUUGUUCUUUGGAAACCCAUUUUGGUCGUGGUUAAUAUUUAACAUAUAGACUACUUUACUCAACGAAAUUUAUAAAUAUCUGCAAGGCACUUAAAGUUUUAAAGAUGUUUUACCUUUAAAAUUAUUUAAGUUGUAUUGGGUUAAGACAGCUUUGGUGUACUGUAGAUGUUGUAUUUUCAGAAAAAGCAAAAAUGAUGGUGCUGACUGGUUUUCUGAACAGUUUUAUGUAUAUUGCACAACAGUCCUCAAAUAUGUAAGAAUCACAUAAAAUAGCAUUUUUUUCACUCAGAAUUAGAAUUAAUGCCUAUGCAGUUAAGUUGGAUAAAAUGUGUACAGAUGUUUCAUAUAUUAUAGGUUAAAUGUAUAGAUCAAAAUUUCCUAUAUAAAAUUAAAUUUGGGGGUUGGGGUGGAAAUAUUUUGAAUAUUAAUUUAUUUUUAAAGAUGCAAGAUAGGACUUUGUGCAAUGUAUUUUUGUAAAUGCUUUUCAAGAUAUUUGUCUUUGGUAGUGUUUCUUUUGCUGCCACCAAAUUGAUAAGAUGCUAUUGAGAUGUUUAAAUAAAGAGUUUUAAUUUUUAAAAGUGCAUGUGAUGUUUCAAAUGAAUAAUAAACAGUAUAUUUCUUUUCUCAAUUUGUUUGUUUCUGCCCAUGGGGGUGAGGAGGCAACUAAGUUGUCAGGUCUGCCAUUGAUGGCAGUGUCGAUCUAGCUGGCGCCCCCCUUCAGAGCCUGCAGGCUGUGUGUUCGGCACCUUUUCCUGCCAGGUGUGCCCACCUGGAGAGCUGACUGCAUUAUAGGUGAGAAGCUGCCUGAUGGGGAGGAAACAGGGAGAGAGGAGGAAAUGGG